AUGCAGCAGUACGGCCAGUCAGGGUCGCACCUAAAAGAGCUCUUCGAAGGGGUGUUCGCGGAGGACUAUGCUCUCACCUUCCGAUGGACUCCUGUAAGCCGGGCUCCCUGGGAUAGGAAGGAUCACAGAGUGCAUUUCCUGCUGGGGUUUUUGCUAUCACAGUGUCUCCCGUCGGGGGGGUUGUUGUCUGUGGUGCUGGUUCUCUGGAUAUUGGAAGCUGGUCCGGUGCGGGUGGUGUAUGUGGGGCAUUCGGAGAGUGUGAGGAGCAGGAUGCAGCAGUACGGGCAGUCAGGGUCGCACCUGAAGGAGCUCUUCGAAGGGGUGUUCGCACAGGACUAUGCUCUCACCUUCCGAUGGAUCUCUGCUGUGACAAAAGCAGAAGCGGCAGCCACCGAGACCCUCCUCCUCUCUUCCUUCGACUACGUUUGGAACGUCAGCAACAACCACCACCGCCGCCACGACCGCCUCCUAACCAAGCUGCAAGUCGGCCCAUCCUUCUCCCGCCGUGUAGCCGUUGCCUUCCCCUUCCUCCCUGUCGCUCGACUCGUCACUCCUGUAGCUGUUGGGCCUGCAAUCCCUCUCGCCGCGGCUGCGGCUGCUCCCCUUCCUCCUGAUUCACCUACUGCCCCCCGUGCUGCUUCUCCUGCUGCCGCAUCACGUCCUGACAUUCCCUCUGCCAUCGACCAUGCUAAUUAUUCUGCUGCUAAGCCCCAGGACAAACAACGACAGGGUAGAUCACCAGGCACGCCACCAGGCAGCAGUAGAAGGACGAGUGCGGUGUGCCGAGCACAAGGGUGUGCGAACCGUGUGUGA